AUGAGUGAGAGCAAGAGCUCAGACGGAUAUAGUCAAAGUGGAAAUUCAGGAUACAGCGACGACACUGACGAGAAGAGUAAAACUGACUCUAAACCCGCUCCAAAACAAGAAACAGAUGACACCAAUACUGACGAUGAUGACACAAGCGAUUUGGCCACAACUGACACCGACGACUCUUCUGAUGGAAGCGAAAACAAACUGAUGCUCACAAACCUGAUGAAAGAAUACUCUGAACUCAAAAGAAACACUUUUGGUAAAAUCGAAAAACUUGAAAAGCAGAAUGCAAAAUUGACUUCCGAUUUGGCUGAGUCGAAAAAGUUGAAUGACAUUCGCAAGGACCAAGCACUGAAAAGUGCAGAGUCUGUCAAGAAGGUUGUUGCCGAGUUGAUUAAAAUGAAAGACGAAAAGACUGAACUGGUCAACCAAAUUGAAGACGAAAGAAGAGCACACGCAGACACUAUCAAACAACUUCACUUGGCCCAAAGUCAAAUUAGUAGUGGGAUGACUUCGGUGCCAACAGACAUAGAACUUACUCUAAGACUAGCACUUGAUGGGUCGAAAGUGGCUGAAGCCAUUUUAGUGAAGAAUGUUGAUUCGGAGAAGGACGACUUACGAAUGCAACAAUCACUUUUGGAGAAGAAAGUAUUAUCUCUUGGACAAGACAUUGUAUUAUUGAAACAAGAGUUAGACACUAACAAAGACACAUCAAAGAAGAACGACGAACUACAGAAAAAGGUCGAAGACUUACAAAAGAAGAACACGGACUUGGAGGAAGCACAGAAGAAGAUCAAAAAAGAAAACGACUUGCAUAAGAGACGAGGAAGUUCAGCCAGUUCGACACUCUCAAUUAAAGCCGAAAGCUCUGAAGCUACACUGAAACUGAAAUCAUUUGCAGAAGACCUUUUGAAGACUUUAAGAACAAUCAGUGUGCCCGACGAUAUCUUGGAACUGCUCGACUCGGUCGAAGAGAUGACUAAAGACCAAGUCUUCCAUCGACUGAUGUUCCAUUCGAUAUUCACAAAGUGCAAACGCGUGUUAAAUCCGUUGUACAUACAAAAUGGGUAUACAACCGAUUCUGCGAUAUACUCAUUGUACACGCCAACCAUUUACCCAAGCUUCGAAAAGAAGCUUCAAGACGAGUCGUACAUGAAAACAUUUGAAAAGCUCGACUACAAUUUCAAGGGGUAUAAUAUUGUGAUGAAAAAUGUGAUUCAAUUUGAAGAAGAAUUCAAGAAGAAGGUUUCAAUCCGGUCAUCGGACGACUCCAAUAUCGUGUCCAGAAUGUCUGUCUCUCGCCGACAACGCAAAGGGGCGGAAUUUUUGAGUGGAAAUUACAACAACGCACUGAUCUUCCCCAGUUCAAAAGGUGGGUCGAGCUCUUCUGGUGGUGUUGUUGGAAAUGAUGUGACUUCGAGUGUUGGCGAAGCGUGUCGUGAAGCUGAGGACAUAGAACGCAAUUUGAAUGAAGAGGAGCGGAAGGCUUGUUCGGUGUCAGAAGAGAACAAAGAUAUAGUUUCCAAUGUGUUUUACACUGGAGACUAUGUUUGUGUGUGUUCAUCAAAUGACCAAAGCAGAAGUAAAUUGUCGUUAUAUCCACUGACAGACUGUGAGCAUGCCACAAUGACUGUAGACGUCGAAUUUGUCGUCACUGCUGUGUAUGUGCACGAUAAAACGGUGAUAUGUGGGAGUGAUAAUGGACUUGCGUGGUUAUAUAAAGACAAUUUGGGUAAUAAAGUGAACAUCGACAUAGCACUCCCAAGCAAAAUCGUGUUGAUUGGGUCGUUGACAAAAAACAAACGGGACAUCUGGCUCUUGUCAGAAACGGGCGAAAUUGUCACAUACAAACCAUCCAAAAAAGACUCUGACAUAAAGCGAAUAGCACCAAAGUUGGUUGGUUCUGUAACAUGUGGGUGUGUGAUGGAUAAAACAUUGUAUAUUGGGACAUUCACUGGUGUUUGCAAAACCGAAUUUCCGCCAAAGUCGAAGAGCAAGUAUGUAUCGAUCAAAGAGAUUAUGAUCGGGAGCGUCAAUGCUAUCGCAAGUGUCCAAGACACUCUUUAUGUUUGUUCCAAAGAGAAGAAUCACAUAUUGGUGAUGCGCAAAGACAAGCAAAUCAGUUCGAUUUCCAUCGAAAAGCCCAUGUCGCUCUUCCCGUUCUUAAACGAUAUGUGGGUGGGAUGUGCAAACUGUUCAAUCAAAGCAAUCGACAAUGAAACCCUUGCGGUCACCGAAAUGACUGAGAAGAGUGCAACAAAUGACAAUUUAGUCCUUGGCACCAUUCAAGAGGCCAGAGAGACCCAAGGCCUUCGCACCUCCUACUUCUUGUACUACAGUGACAAAGACGUCUUAAAACGUUUCCAAACGCCUUAUUAUGUCCAUCGAUAUAUCAUUAACAACACAGAAGGUAUUUGCCUCAAUUGCCAUGGAAAAGUUCACAAAGCUCAGGGACUUACUUGCGCCUAUUGUGGUGUGUUCUAUCACUCAGACUGUUUCAAUGACUCCACUGGCUUUGUCAAGAGUGUGUGCUCAAGAGAUGAAACAAAAAGGGUGAAGCCAAAGUCCUCUCCCCCAGCCCAACGGCCACCAAUCAAAAUCAUUACGACUGAAAGCAAGUCCGAUCCAAAUGGCAGCCCAAAGUAA